CUCCCAUCGGCCCCGCGCUACGGUGGCCGGCGGGCUCAGCGGGCGGGAAAGACGCAGCGGGCCGAUGGCUGCGGAUCAGGAGAUGCGGGACUUCACCCGCGGGCUCUUCCAGAGCCGCCCGGACCUCAGGGUGCUGACGCUGGCCGUGGUGCGGAGCAGGUACCUGGCGCACGUGGGCCGGGAGAGCCUGCGGCCGGAGGACAAGGAGCUGCUCAAGGAGCUGGUGAAGGAGGAACUGCUGAGAAUGCAGCUGGAUGAUUCCAGUUCCGAAGGGGGGUCCCCAAGCCCCAAGAGCACCCGGGACGCCCCUCAAGCUGGGGCUGAGAAGCGACCCCACAGCAGCUCUGACUCAUCGGGGGGCCCCGGGGACACGGCCAGAAAGAAACAGCGACUGGAUCAGGGCUCUGAGGCCAGUUCUGACGGGGAGGAUUCUGGGAUUGAUUCGAAGAAGCCAAAGGAGGAUGCUGGGAAAUCCGGGCACACGGGAUUGCGUGAGGACGAGGGGGACUCGGGAGCAGAGGAGACACCUGAGCGGGGCGGCGCCAGCAGAGAGAGCGACUCUGAAUGGGCAGCCAGGAGCGAGGGACCGAAGCAGCCCCAGCGGAGAACAGAGGGAGCUGAGGCGCAGGACCAGCUGGGGAAGAAGCGAGCGAGAGAGGGAGAGCAGAGGGGUGAAGGUGGGAAAGCAAACGGGGGGCUCACAGCUCAGCCGGGGGAGGAAUCGGGGAGCGAAUCGCCAGUGGAGGAGGAGGAGUGUAAGCGGCAGAAGCAGACAGGGAAGACAGGACUGAGGAAGGCCAAGCGGAGGAGUGAUAGUGAGGAGGAGGGGGACAGCAAGGAAAAGGGGAGGAUGAAGGCUCGGGGGAAGGAAGAGGGCAGCGGCGCCGAGGUGGAUGAGAAGUGUCAGAGCAGGAAAGGGGCAGGGAAGAAGGGAUGGAGGAAGGCCGGGAGAUGGAGUGAUAGUGAGGAGGAAGAGAACAAAGAGAAGAUAACAAAGGCUCAGAGAGAGGAGGGUAGGAGCAGGAAGCCAGGAACGAGGACGGUGGAGCUGGAGAGGAAGAAGAGGAGGACGAAGGCCCAGAGUGAGGAGGAAUCGGAGAGCGAGUCGGAGGAGGGUAGGAGCCGGAAGCCGGGAAGGAAGAAGGUGGAGCGGAGGAGUGAUAGCGAGGCUGAGGAAGUGGGCAGCAGGAAGAAGAAGACGAAGGCCCAGAGUGAGGAGGAAUCGGGGAGCGAGUCGGAGGAGGGUAGGAGCCGGAAGCCGGGAAGGAAGAAGGUGGAGCAGAGGAGUGAUAGGGAGGCUGAGGAAGUGGGCAGCAGGAAGAAGAGGACGAAGGCCCAGAGUGAGGAGGAAUCGGGGAGUGAGUCGGAGGAGGGUAGGAGCCGGAAGCCGGGAAGGAAGAAGGUGGAGCGGAGGAGUGAUAGGGAGGCUGAGGAAGUGGGCAGCAGGAAGAAGAGGAGGACGAAGGCCCAGAGUGAGGAGGAAUCGGGGAGCGAGUCGGAGGAGGGUAGGAGCCGGAAGCCGGGAAGGAAGAAGGUGGAGCGGAGGAGUGAUAGGGAGGCUGAGGAAGUGGGCAGCAGGAAGAAGAGGACAAAGGCCCAGAGUGAGGAGGAAUCGGGGAGCGAGUCGGAGGAGGGUAGGAGCCGGAAGCCGGGAAGGAAGAAGGUGGAGCGGAGGAGUGAUAGCGAGGCUGAGGAAGUGGGCAGCAGGAAGAAGAAGACGAAGGCCCAGAGUGAGGAGGAAUCGGGGAGCGAGUCGGAGGAGGGUAGGAGCCGGAAGCCGGGAAGGAAGAAGGUGGAGCGGAGGAGUGAUAGCGAGGCUGAGGAAGUGGGCAGCAGGAAGAAGAAGAAGACGAAGGCCCAGAGUGAGGAGGAAUCGGGGAGUGAGUCGGAGGAGGGUAGGAGCCGGAAGCCGGGAAGGAAGAAGGUGGAGCGGAGGAGUGAUAGGGAGGCUGAGGAAGUGGGCAGCAGGAAGAAGAGGACGAAGGCCCAGAGUGAGGAGGAAUCGGGGAGCGAGUCGGAGGAGGGUAGGAGCCGGAAGCCGGGAAGGAAGAAGGUGGAGCGGAGGAGUGAUAGGGAGGCUGAGGAAGUGGGCAGCAGGAAGAAGAAGAGGACGAAGGCCCAGAGUGAGGAGGAAUCGGGGAGUGAGUCGGAGGAGGGUAGGAGCCGGAAGCCGGGAAGGAAGAAGGUGGAGCGGAGGAGUGAUAGCGAGGCUGAGGAAGUGGGCAGCAGGAAGAAGAAGAGGACAAAGGCCCAGAGUGAGGAGGAAUCGCGGAGCGAGUCGGAGGAGGGUGCGAGCAGGAAGGAGACAGGGAAGAAGGGAAGGAGGAAGGCCGAGCGGGGCAGCGAGAGCGAGGAGGAGGAGGGGAAGGUGCAGAGGGGCAGCUCUGAGACAGAUGAAGACUCUUCGUCAUCGUCCUCCGCACAGGAUGAGAACAACAGCCCUAACCCAGGCUCCCGGCGCAAGAAGGGAAAGGCGCCGGGCAGCGGGGUCGCCGGCCCGGCAGAGGAGCACCCGGCCGUGCGGCGGCUGAAACGCUACAUCCUGGCCUGUGGGGUGCGGCGGAACUACAAGAAGCUGCUGGCCGGGUGUCGCUCCGUCAAGCAGCGGGUCGGGGUCCUGCGCCGCGAGCUGGAGGCCAUUGGGCUGCAGGGGAACCCCUCUCUGGAGCGGUGCCGGGCGCUGCGGCUGCGCCGGGAGGAGGCGGCCGAGGUGGCCGCGCUGGACGUGGGGAACAUCAUCGCCUCGGAUGGCCGCCCCCGGCGCUGCAACAUCUGGAGCCUGUACAGCACCCCCCCAGCUGCCCCCCCAGCCAGCCCCCCGGCCCGGCGCCCAGUGGACUGGUCCAGCCUCCGUGGCGUGAUCAGCAGUGACGGGGAAAGCGAGUGAGGCUGGGGGGCAGCGCCUGGUAUAACACACACACCCGCCCGCUGGGGGCCUGGGAAGUGGGGCUCACCACCCCCCAUCCCCUGCUUGGAAGGGCCCAUUCUUUGGGGGGGCAGGUCGGAGAGUGCCACCCAUUGGAUGGGGGGCAAAUCCAUCUCCCAUUCCCCACUUGGGGCUCCGGGGCUGAUUUAGGGUGAACUUGGGACAGAAAUCUGGGGGGGGGGGAAGCUAACCUCGCGGAACUCCCCCUGGUGUCUGGCACUUUCUGGGGUGAUCCCACCUAUCACCCCAAAACUGGAGGUUGGGGGACCCCUGAGCCACUAGCAGGGGCCUCCCUGCAGAGCUGGGGCAGCAGCCAUCCACCCCCAGGGGAGCCAGAGGUGACCCCAAAAUACUCCCAAGCUGGCCCUCAACGAAGGAUGUUGGGGCAGGGGGCUGGAUGUGUCCUGGUUUGGGGGGCACCCCAUAGUUCUACACCCAGGGGGCAGUUACCCUCCCAUCCCAACCCCCCUAGUUGUAAAUGUCUUUGUUUUAUGCUAGUUUUUUAUAUUGUAAAAUAAAAUGAAUUUUGUUA